AUGUCUCCCAUCGCUGUAGCAUUGCUGUGCAUCCAAGCUUGCUUGGUUCAGAAUGUAUACAGCCAGUGUCUGCGAGGACCGUUUGCGCCUGGAUUUGCUGAUUCCAGGGCUUACGCUCUAGAAGCAGGUCUUCCUGGUCUAAAUGGCUUCGCAUUGGAUGCUGGAUUGGCUGGUCCAUAUGCUCUGGAGGCAGGUCUUUCUCCAGCAUUCGGUUAUCCAGCCGCUUUAUCAGGAUUAGCUGGUGCUGGGGCUUAUGGCGGUAGUGGUAUUGGCGAUAUAGCAAUCGCUGGUGAGAUGCCCGUCGCUGGAACCACCCUCGUCGCUGGACAGGUGCCUAUCCUAGGAUCUGUUGGAUUCGGAGGUCUUGUAGCCGCUGGUGGAACCGUCUCCAUCGCUGGUGGUAGCGCCUGCGGUUGCGAUGCUCGCCUUUACUGA